AGAAAAUCAUUUUGCAUAGCUCCAACAAUGGGUUCUAGCAAUUUCUCAUUCAUUUUACCUCUCGUGCUUCUUACUUUUGCAUCUAUGAUGAGUGACACAAGGGUUGCAGGAGCACGUAACCUGCUACAAUCAACGUUACCAUUGCCAAAAGUUCCCAAUGUAGACUUACCUCCAAUAUCUGGUCUGCCACCACUGCCAAAGCCACAGUUACCUUCUGUACCUGAUUUGUCAAUGCCAUUGCCACUACUGCCACCACUUCCAAAGCCAGAGUUGCCUCCAUUGCCAAAUAUUCCAAUCCCUGGAGCUUCUGAACUGCCAAAGUUGCCUAAAGUAGCAAUUCCAGACGUUGUGAUAAACCCAUGAGCACCUAAAGUUCUUGAAAUGAAUUCUAGUAGUAACUUGUACUGUUAAUUCUUGAAUGUAUUAUUUAUAAUUUGUGGUGGUUCUGUUGGGGUUUCUAAUUUUUAUUUUAUGUAUGUAUUGAUAUGUUACAUGUUAUGUUCAGCUUUUAGGUUGUUUGAGUCAGUUUUACUACAGCAUAUUAUUCCUUGUGACUUUAAUGUAUCAGACUUCUUAUCUUUAA